AAGUUUGACAUUGCAUUAUAUGUCAGAAGUCCAGUGGAAACGAGCAGUGGUUCCGAAGCAGAAUCAGAGGUCACGGCACCUGUGCACUCAGGUGUGCUGCGAUCAGACUCACCUGCUGAGCGCGAGAGAAAUCACAAAGACACGGGUUACCUGAUAUUCAUGGAAACACUCUGAGUCCACACAAACCUCCUUCAGGAGCUGAAUUCGUUCUGGGACAGGCUGCAGUGGCUUUCUUUCUUUCUUUCGGACCUGUCAGAGAUCAUGGAUUGGGGUUCAGAUCUUUGGGACCAGCAUGACGUGAUCGAUAGACACACUCAGAGCGGACUGGAUCUGCUGGAGCGAUACGUGAAGUUUGUCAAAGAGAGAGCCGAGAUCGAGCAGAAUUACGCCAAACAGCUCAGGACUCUGUCUAAGAAAUAUUCCAGGCGAGGCGUCAAAGAAGAUCAGGACACAAAGCCGAGCAAUCAGCAGGCGUUUCAGGACGUGCUGAAUCAGCUGAACGAUUACGCGGCUCAGAGAGAGCAGCUCUCCGAGAGCAUGACGCUGAGCAUCUGUGUGGACCUCAGCAGAAACCUGCAGGAGCUGCGACAGGAGCGCAAGAACCAUCUCUGUGAGGUUAAGAAGGCUCAGCAGAACCUGGAGAGCAGCUCUAAACUGCUGGAGACUAGUAAGAAGCGUUUUGAGAAGGAAUGGAGAGAAGCAGAGAAGGCCAAUCAGCAGACAGAGAAAGUCCAGCUGGAUGCCAACGCCACGAGAGCAGACAUGGAGAAGGUACAGACUCCUUCAACACACAUACUUACACUUCAUGCAUCAUGGGUAACAGACGCUAGUAAGAAGCGUUUUGAGAAGGAAUGGAGAGAAGCAGAGAAGGCCAAUCAGCAGACAGAGAAAGUCCAGCUGGAUGCCAACGCCACGAGAGCAGACAUGGAGAAGGACACUCUGGCUCUUAUAGAGCAGUAUAGAUCAGGCGCGGCGCCUCCUGCUGACGUGGAGUUUGAGGAUUACAGUCAGGGAGUCAAAGCUGCUGCAUCUGACAACACUACGACACACCUGCCGAAAGUCCGCAUCAAACAGCUGUUCCACAAGAAAAACAAGGUGACAUCUCUUGAUAAAAACACGCCGUCUUCGCUGGAGGAUCUCUCUCGUCUCCCUCCGGAUCAGAGAAGGAGACGUCUGCAGGAGAAGAUUGAUGACAUCCAGAAGGAGCUGCAGAGAGAGACGGAGCAGAGCGAGGCUAUGAUGAAGAUGAAGGGUGUUUAUGAGCAGAACUCUCAGCUUGGAGAUCCGUCCAGCCUUCAGCCUCAGAUCACACAAACCGCUCAUAACAUCGCCAAACUGAGAGGAGAGCUCAAUAAAUACCAGGUUCAGCUCACUGAAGCCGGCGGUGGGACGCUGCAACACUAUCCCGCCAGUUCAGAGUACAUCACCGUGCUGAGUGAGUCCAGCGUGUCUCCGUCAGAGAACAUCUAUGAAUGUGAAUUUGAUGAGGACUUUGACAUUGACGUGCCCAUCGGUCAGUGCACGGCACUCUAUGACUUUGACGGCGGCAGCGAGGGCGCCGUGAGCAUGCAUGUGGGCGAGCAGCUGAGUCUGAUGCAGGAGGAUCAGGGCGACGGCUGGGUCCGAGUACAGAGGGCCAAUGGAGACGUGGGAUACGUGCCGGCGUCCUACAUCCAGAUCAUCUGAUCGCACCUGCAGCCAGCAUCAGAAACAGCUGAUAGCGUGUUUCACAGGAGUGUGAGCUGUGCUCAUCUGACUCAUCAACUGUUUUUAUGUCACGGGGAGUGUUUUCACGUUUUUCAUGUUGCACUUUUUGAUCUCUUUCUUUUCUGUCAGCAUGCAUUAUGCUGCUUCUGGUGUUUUUGUGCACAUAUGUAGUUUUAAAAUGGAUUUUAGUUGUCUUUUUCUAUUGUGUUUGUCUACUGUUGCACGCCUUUGUAUCGCAUCGUUGUUACUUCAUGAUGCAUAAUUACAGUCAAGUGUGUCCAACUGUGUGCUGAUUGAUUGGUGUAAUUAUUUUAAAGAUCCGUUCAACCCAAAAACCCGUGCACAAAGACCAACAGUCAAGGUCAGACUGUUC